AUGAGCACUUUGAUACCAGAAAGAGGAUAUUUUUCUGCAAUUUCCUCGGCAGAUCAUUUGACAUGAACUUAUUUGCUUAUAUGAAUAAUUGUUAAAAACUCUUUAAGGCUUGAUUUUGAAAUUGUGUGGAAUACUCUUUUGAAAGCAUUUGAAUUUUUAUCAUCCUUGUGGAUCUCACUACAAUCAUGAAUAGAUAGCGACUUCAUUCUGAAUUUAAUGGUUUUUGAGACUUGAUACAGAUUCAGCUUAUCCUUUCAAAUAUGUCAACCAUUAAAUUCAAGUUUCUCUACUCUAAAGCAACUCAUAAUUAUUCUUUGGAAUCAUCUUCUACUGCCAGGUGUACAAAGGAUGAUCACUUCUCUUACCACUUUUCCCAUUGGCAAAGAUAACUAGGGAUAUCAAGAUUAAUCCUCCCUUAAAUUUUUAGUCGAUAAAAGUGUUCUCCGUGCAUAAUUAAAGAAAUUCAAAAUAUGGAUCUUCUCGAUGAAAGGGAUUAAGUUCUUUAAUUUCUCAGAACCUUCAUUUUAUUUCUUCUUCAAACAAUGGAUAUGGUGAUUAAUGUAUAACUCUUCUAUUAAUUGAUUUAACAUGACUUAACGGCUAACAGUCGUAAUCAUUGCAAAGGUUACAAUUUACAAAUACUAUGAUCAAGACCAGAUACAUCCUCAUUCUCAUCUCUCCAUUCUAAAAACUAAUAAUUUUCUCUCUUUCUCAAAAAUAUCAUGAUAAAAUCUCUCUGAAUACUCUUCCUCUAACUUAUAAUCAAAAACCCAAACUCACACAAUUCAAGGUCUCAUUAUGUUUGCAGUUCAGUUUCCUGUCUUGUCUCCAUUGGC